AUGACUGUCCGCGACUUUUGGGAUGCUAUGAAGGUUCAGGACGCCAACAAAAACCAUCUCCAAGUGCUGCAUCAACAACUUUAUGUGCGCGAAAACGCUGUGGCCCAGGAGCAUACCGACACACUCUUGGCGCAGAUCGAAUCAAAUGAACCCGCAGGAUCGGAGCACAAGUCGCGCAAGGUUGUAAUUCUGGAUGAGAGCUUUUCAGACAACGGGAGCCUCUACACCGCCUCAGCCCCUUCUUCCGCGCCGCCCUCCGCCCGAUCAUCCUUGAACCCAAACGAUUUCCAAUAUGUCGACCAUCUGGUUGGCCCAGGGCAGUCCUCGUCCAAGAUUCAAGGCGAGCCUUUCGUGGUCGAUGGUAUCAACGUUUCAAUGCUCUGUAUGAGAGCACGCAAGGAGGCGAUCAAGAACCAGUGCGAGCUCAAUGAUGUGUCGGAACUUCUGUACCUCAACUUUAUUUUCGACAAUGCUGCGCUCAUUAGAUUACUCCCUCGUGUCGCAGCAGACAGGAUCCUGCGCGUUUCCUUGCCGGCGCCUUCCCAUCAACAAUCAAUAAUGUUGGUAAACACAGCCUCCUAUGCCGCCCAACAUAGUGUCCAGGAGAGCAAACGGUAUGUGAGAGAACUCGACGACAACGGCGACAACUUUGUGAAGACAUUGUUGAGCUCGUAUUUGGAAAGCACGGCGCUCUGGAAAACACCAACGUCUCACCCUCCAUAUCAGCCAUUACCACUGAACGAAGACUCGUUUACGCAUGGCUCGGUUCAGCAGGGCAUUGUCACUCUUCUUCAGGACUUGGAUGUUGUCGAUCAUUGGAAUCGAGACGCACUUCCUACACCCCGAGGGUUUGAGGAAGUUUAUCAAGCAGACUAUUUCGCCGAGUGUGAAGGCUUUCCGAUUUGCGUUGUGGAGAUUAAGAAGCCAGACGCCAAGGAUGACCCUCUUGAGGGUGACGCUCGAAAGCUCCCCAGCAUGCUGAAGCUAUCCCAUGAUCGUUUGCUGGACGCUGGUGUUGAGUCACCUGUUCCCUUGAUCAAGGUUCUCUUUAUCUACUUCAUUCUAUUGCUUGGUCUGCUUUCUUGA